AUGCUGUCCCCACUUGCUGCGGGCAAGGGUGCAAGCGCUGAGGAAGAGAAGGCAGAUGUUCCGGCACUUCUGGAAACCAUUCCGAUACAUGCCGACUUUGUAAUGGCGGCGGGGAUUAUUGGUGAAGGGAAGAGAUUUGAGUGGGUCGUUGGUGGUGAGGGGGAUGAGAAGUCAGUGGUAAAGAGCAGGAUGGACAGGAAGGUCUAUACCCACGUUCCGAUGACAAAGGAUGGGAAGUCCAAGAUUAGAUUGGAUGGACGAGAAGAUUCUGUUCUAGGAGAAGGAGACGGUGCGUUUGUUAGCAGCGUUCAGGCCGGUGAUGUGCUUGGCUUUGAGAGUAUUGGUGAGGAGGAAGCGGAGGUCGUGAUUUUGGACAGCGAUUGA